AGUCGUUGUGGCCCCCGCGGUCGGUGGGUUUUUCUUUUUUUUUUAGAGUUCGCCUGGAAGUGGGAGGACCCAUGAGUCCUGCUGACCUGAAGAAAAGCAGGAGAGGAGGGAAAAGUUUUGUGUCAAGUUUUCUGACAGCGAGCUGGACGGCCUGCGUCCGCAGCGACGGAUAAGCAGCAGCAGCAGCGGAAGAUGGAGCCGCGCUGCGGCCGCGCCACGUCUCGCUCCACUCCGGCACAGACACACGCAGGGAGGAAAGCUGCAGCAGCUGCUGCUGCUUUCUGCUUGUGUUUCUGCCUCCUCUACCCCUCCGCCGUGGAGGCAGGACUGUACACCGCUUCUGACCAGAUCUACUUGUUAACUCCGGAGAAUGUGGAGUCCGUGCUGGUGAACUCCACCGCGGCGAUGGUGGUGGAGUUUUACGCGUCCUGGUGCGGACACUGUGUCUCCUUUUCUCCCAUUUAUAAACGCCUGGCCGCCGACACCAGAGAGUGGAAGCCGGCUGUGAAUCUGGCAGCAAUCGAUUGUGCUGCACAGGAGAGCAGGCAGGUCUGUGUAGACCACCGCAUCAGUGGAUUUCCUGCUAUAAAGUUCUUCCAUGCCUACUCCGCAGCCAAUUCCCAAGGAGAGGUAUUUAAAGGUUUCCCCCGUGAUGUUCAAGGUCUCCGUCACUUGAUCAUAGACAACCUGGAGGCCCAUGGCGAGCACUGGCCCCCCGCCUGCCCUCCACUGGAGCCGACCAGCCAAGCAGAGAUCGAUGUCUUCUUCCAGACCAACACGGUUCAACACUUGGCCUUGAUCUUUGAAAAAGCUGACUCUUACGUUGGCCGAGAGGUAACCCUGGACCUGCUACAAUUUGAGAACAUUGCUGUGAGGAGGGUCUUGAACACUGACGAACAUCUGGUGACCAAAGUGGGAGUGACUGAGUUUCCAUCCUGCUUCCUCUAUUACCCUGGUGGCAACUUUACCAGACUUGGAGUUGACUUCGAGGCUCGCUCUUUCUACUCUUACGCCCUCCAGAGGCUGCCUGGGGUGGUGCGAUCAGGGAAGCCUCAACCGGUCAUCACAGACAUGCUUACUAACAAGACGGGGGAUAUCUGGAGACCUUUCAAUUCGUCCAGGGUUUAUAUGGCAGACCUGGAGUCGACACUACACUACUCCCUGCGUGUGGAACUCGCUGCUCAUACAGUUAUCAAAGGAGAGACCCUGACUUCACUCAAGAGUUACAUCUCUGUCCUGGCAAAGUACUUUCCAGGUCGUACUGUGGUGAUGAAUGUGUUGAAGUCUCUGAACUCCUUGCUUCAGAAUGAGACUGCAGAUCACAUUUACUACGAGGCAUUUAAAGAGGUUCUGGACAACACAGCACAGGCUGCAGACACUGCCUUGCCUGAAGUUGUGAGGUGGGUGGGCUGUCAGGGUUCAGAACCACAUUUCAGACGUUAUCCUUGCGGGUUGUGGACUCUCUUCCAUGUUCUCACCAUCCAGGCCAACAGCACUGGGGGCUCAGAUCCCCUGGAGGUUCUGAACGCGAUGAGAAACUAUGUCCGCAGUUUCUUCGGCUGCACAUACUGCGCAGAACACUUUGAGAGAAUGGCAGCGGAGGGUCUGAUGGAGGUGAACUCGCUGUCGUCAGCAGUCCUGUGGCUGUGGUCCAGACACAAUCGUGUCAACAACAGAAUAGCAGGUGCAUUGAGUGAAGACCCCCUGUUCCCUAAGAUCCAGUGGCCUUCACCAGAAAUGUGCUCGGCCUGUCACACAGUGAAGGAAAACGGGGACCACAAGUGGAACAAAGACAAAGUUUUAGGCUUCCUCUUGUCUCACUUCUCUUCCAGCACCAUCCUCACAGACUACCUUGAGGAUGAAAUUCAGAUUCUGGAAAAGCAGAGAGAAAAACAUGCACGUCAGCAAUUAGCUCCGAAACAUGUAGAGAGGAAAGCCAGGGAAGCCUUGAACUCCAUAAUGCAUUUUCCACCAUCUCCAUCUUCUGUGGAAGAAGAGGAGGAGGAGGAGGAGGAUAAAGGGGAGGAAGAGGAGCCACAGGAUGAAGCUGUGGCAUAUGAAGAAGAGGAAGAAGAAGAAGCUGGGGAUGAAGCACCAGCAGCAGGUAGUGAGAUGGAAGGUAAAUCAUCUGAACCAACAUCGUGGGCCAGAGCCGAAAUGGAAAUGGGUCACAACCAGCGGCAGGCGCACAGAAAACCGACCAUCGUGGGAAUGCGGAUGCGAGAGCUGCAGGAGGACAUUGUGGAUCUCGACUCUUUUGUGAAUCAGCACUUCAAAGCCAAGGCUCUGCAGCUGGCAGCUUCUAGCCGUGUGAAACAACGCACUCUGCAGAGGGAGGUAGAGCAGGAACCCAGACCUGCAUUCAGCCUUGGCAUGGAGCUGGAUGCAGGGCUUGGCAUGGUAGGCCUGCAGCCCAUGAAAGAAAACCUUGAGCUGGAUGUUGGGCAGCAGAGGAAGCGGCUGCUGAAGCGAGAACUUGCGCGCCAGUACUUUGGAGGGGAGCCAGAGCUGAGCCACAAGGGGCGCUGGAUGUCCAUGUUGAGUAUAGGCUUCUCAAAGCUGGACAUCAGCCUGUGUGUCAUGCUUUACUUCCUGUCUUCCAUGUGUCUACUAGCCAUGUACCUUUUCUUCAAAAACCGCCUCAGGGUACGGCGCAUUAAAAUAGCCUUGCCCUGAACCACAAUUCAUGUGGGUUGUUUUGGAACACUGCAAAGGGAUGCAUCAACAUCAGACAACCAAAUUGGGCAGUAACAUGUUUAAAUGUGAAUGUUACUGAAAGCUUAUAUCAAAGUAGAGAGAAGGAAAGGGAGGAAAUUCUAAGAUUGCCUUCAGCUUUUUUGUUUUUGUUCAUUUUCUAAGUCGUGGUGGAUAUGAGAUACGAAAUGCAGAUUCCAGAGUUUUCCAGGCAGCAGGUUAACUGUGGAAAAUAUGUGCACAUAUGUUUAUUUCCAGGGUUUUGUGUACAUCUUAUAUAAAUUAGUUGUCCUGUUUCACCACUGAUGGAAAAUUGAAUCAAACCCACUAUGAGCUAAAAUUGCAAUAUUUUUUUUUUAAGUGAAAAAAGUUCUUCCAUAUUUUAAGCUGAAGAGGGGAUUCAAAACAGUUAUUUUGUAUCUGUAAUUACAUUUACUGUACAAAUGAACUUCUCCCUCUUCAAACUGGAGUGUUUUGCAAAUCGGUUCUGUCUUUUAUAAAAAAUUUUGAAAGACUGAUAUUUGUAAAAUAUUACUGAAUACUGUGACAGGACUAAAGUCUUUGAUUACAGAAGAGAUGUUUAACCUGUGAGGAGGACUGCGUUACACUGAGCUUCAUAUGUUUUUGAUGAUUUUUUUUUUUUUUUUUUAAUCGCUAUUCUGGUUGUUGAAGUCCUGUGGAGCUACGAAUAUGUUCACACUGGAUACAACUUUUGCCCGUGAUGAGGAGCUUUUGCUUGACAUCUCAAAAAUGUUCUCUGGUUGCCUUUUUCUGAAUCAAUAAAAUUAUUUUUGAUAAA